AUGUCAACACUUACCCUUCUUCCCGUUUCUCAUGAUCGUGAAAACCGUCUUCAAUCACUUUCACCUCUACCUCCCGAUGUCUUUCAACAACCACCUUGUCCACCUCGACUUCCUUUUCCUCUUCGGUCAACUCCUCGCUUGAUACCGGUACCUCCUCCUCCAACACCACCCCCGGACUCACCUGACACAUCUGCGUCUACUCCCAAUCCUUCUCAUGUGGCUGGUGAAUUUCCUCACGACGAACAGCUAGUCAACGAUCAUAAUCAUGUCGGUGCCGGUCAUGACGCACAAGCUAGACCCCACAUCUGUGAUUAUGCAGAUUGUAUUAAAGCUUUUGCCAGGAAAAGCGAUCUGGCAAGACAUUAUAGGAUUCACACUAACGAUAGACCUUAUGUCUGCAAUUAUCGUGGUUGUGGGAAAUCCUUCAUCCAGCGAUCGGCGUUGACAGUACAUUACCGAGUCCACACCGGUGAACGACCACAUCAUUGUGAGACUUGUCUCAAAGCUUUUGCCGAUUCCAGUUCUCUCGCUCGACACAGGCGUAUUCAUACCGGUAUGCGACCGUAUUGUUGCAGAGUACCAGGAUGCGGUAAACCUUUCGCCAGACGUAACACCCUUCUCAAGCAUUGGAAACGUACACAUCCUCACCUCCCACCUCCUUCCACUAAUUCUCACAGGAACACCAUUCACGCUCCUGUUGUCAACACUCGACUUUCUUCAUCUUUCUCUUCUACUGCAUCAGUCGGUACCAGCGGUAGCAACCACCCGAUGACUCCGUCGACAGCCAGUACCCCCCACGGCUUCGCCACCCUCCACCCGUCGGAGGGCACGGCGUUCAUCUUCAAUGGCGGGUACACCGGAUCGAUAUUCGGAGGAAAUACCGGACAAUCCCCUUAUACUGUCUCCGGUCCACCAGGCAGCUUUCGACAACCGUCAUACUAUCAAUCACCGCAAGCGCCAGGUUCUGUCUCCCUCACGCCUGUCUCCUCUUCUGGGUCCCACUUCGGGGACUCGGUUCAUCAGAGCCAAACACCCUCGACGCCAGCGACAGGAGGAUUUGAAGUUGAUAUCAAGCAGCAGCAAGCUCAAAGUGGAGCCUCCUCAGCUUACUCCGGAUUCUCUCACUCAGCCUCUUCUAACACCCAAGGCUAUGGGCAAGGACAAUACCAAAGCUCAAUCUACGGAUAUCCCCAAUCAACGAAUCACCCGCUCUCGCGCUUCUCUAGCGAAGGCGGAGGAAUGAUUUUCUCUGAUAAGUCUACUUCUAGUGUCAACGGUUCCCAGAGAUCCAUUUCAAAUCCAGUCGAUGUGCCACGAUUUCAGCAUUAUAUGGCUGGUCCCUACGGCCAUGUCGGUGGUGGCUUCUAUCCAGGUCAACUGUCGCUUCCUCCCAAUUACCAUAAUCACCUCACUCCAUCCUACUAUCACCCGAUAAACAUGUCGAUUCAAUCUAGAUCUUCUUCCGAUGUGAAACCGCACCUUCCUCAAUCGCCCGAUGGAUCGACAGAUAACGAUGAUGAUGAUGGAGACGAACCACUUGUAGCUCUUCACGAAGCUCCACCUACCUUCGCUUUGCACCCUCCAAACGGUGGUUCAUUUACGAACAUGCCUUUUUCUGCGAGCAUGCCCUUCUCUGCGGUUGAGAACACCCAUUUCGGUCAACUCCCCGGUGCCCAUUCUCAAAUUCUCGAGAAUACCCACCAAAAUAUUGGUCGGCUUCAUAGUGCUCCUCCUACUAUGCAAAGGUUUAAUUCACUUCCUAUGGUACCUACGAUAAGCACUUGGGGCCAAGCUAGCGCAUUCAAUGCUCCUCAUGCUGGUAGAUCAAAAAGUGCAGACGAGGAAUGGGAAGAUAUCGCAGAUGAGAUGUUGAGUCGCGAAGCAUCGGUGACCGAUGAUACCCAAGCUGUCUCUGUCACUGUCGAGCAACAGACACCUGUUGGUGGCCAAGAAGGGCACCACUGGGGGCCACCUAUCGUAUAUCCGGUUCUUCCCAGAGAUAACUUGAAGAAUCCUUUCUCAUCAGCCGCCUCAUCAUCUUCAACUUCUUCAACUCUGGUUGGCUCGUCAGCUCAACCUGUUCUCGCACCCAAUCAACUUCCUCCCAUUUCCGUCUUCACAAAUAAUCAUCAUCCAAUGGCACUCACUCCAAUCAACCCCAAUGGCUUUUACCCGACGCCUAUAACCCCUGCCAAUGGAUGGAUGUACGAUUCUCUUAAAUCACGCGCUGUCCUCUAUUCCCCUGCUCCUGUGGGUCAGCAUCAUGAUGAUCAAGAUCAAGAGAAUGAUACUUCUCAGGACAUAACACUUACCACUCCUCCAAAAUGGGCGGAACAACCGCGCAAAGAUGGUAGAACAGUCUCCGCUGUGGGACUCGGUAUCGCCAAUGUACAUUUCGAGGAUCGUCAAUCGGAUAUCAUCACGGACAAAGAAGAUCAAGAAUUUCGCGAAGGAGAAGAAGAAAUCAGCGAUAAGGAUACGAUCGGAAACGGAAGUGAUGACGAGUUCGUGCUUGGCAGAAAGCCAAACAAGGCGAAAAGAGGUACUGGUGGUAGAGGAAGAGGUCGCGCGAGAGGUACUGGGGUCAAAAGGGGGAGGAAGUGA